AUGCAGCCCACAACAGCAUCGACAGCUACCAAGCCGGCGACAACUGCCCGCAAGCCGCUGACCAGCUCGGUGGGAGCUGCUGCUGGUGCUGCUGCCAAGCCGGCACCCAGGACCACUACAGCCAGUGCACGUCCAGCGACAGCUCCGGCCACCCGCAAGCCCCUGAGCAGCACCCUGACCAAGACAACGACCAGCACAACGACAGCCGCACGCAGCGCUCCCGCCGCUGGUCUGGCGGCACGCAAGCCGGCCACGACCAAUGGAACUGGUGCCAGCAGCGCUGGCCUGGCCAAGGCACGUGCGGCGCCUGCUACUACUGUGGCUGCACCCAAGCCGAAGGUGCCGUCGCCUCGCAGCGCCGCCCCAACAACUGUCGCCAGCACAGCCCGCAAGACGGCCGGUGCUACUUCCACAACGAGUGCAUCCUCGCUGAGCGCUGCUCGUAGUCCCACAAAGCCGACGACCAAUGGACUGGGCAGGAGCAGCGCUGCUACCACCACCACCACCACUCGCGUCAAGUCAGCCACAGCGGGCAAUGGCAGCACGGGCGGCACCACAACUACUACCACAUCGACCACCAAGACUUUCACAGCACGCCCGGCACCCAAGUUCACGCACUCGACUGCCAGCGGCACCACCAGCAGCAGCAGCACCACCACCACCACGCGACGCUCCCUGUUGGCCUCGAGCUCGACCACGACUGCAGCCCAGCGCAAGUCCUCGCCGUUGAAGCCCAGCAACAACACGCUCAGGGCAUCGCCCCUGAAGUCAACCGGAAGCGCCACCACCACACCGCUGAAACCGAAAGCCAAAGAAACUGCAGCCGCUUCCAAAGCCUCUCCGGCCGCUAUAAAGGCGCGCAAGGUGCCCACCCCGAUGAAGGGUGUAAACCCUGGGGCCCCGAUCAGGAAGCCAGUACCGGCUGAGCCGGCUCCAGCCACCAAUGGAGAGGAGCAGCAGCAGCAGCCAAUUACCCAGAAUGGCAACGGAUUGCACGAGCCAGAGGUCGUACCAGAGGCGUUCCCAGUGUCCCAGCAUCAGGAGCAGGCACCGGUUGCAGCUGCAGCUCCGCCCGCUGAGGUCUCCCUGCUGGAUUUCUAG